AUGCAUCUAGAAGAGAUUGUGUACCUGUCACUCUUGGCAACAGAUGACAGAGAUUUCUGCUAUCAGGAAUUAAGUGAAUACACUAGUGAGCAGUUGUUGGAAUGUAUCCGUAUGGCUCAUGUUUUUAUUGAUCAUGGCAGUGUUUUGUUUGAUGAUGUGCAGCCAUUGAUUCGGAUCUGCACAGAGUUGGCUCAGUCUGAUGCUGCUACUGGGCGUGACGAUUACACACCUCCUUUUAGUGCAGCUCAGGUAGAGUCUUUGGUGUGGCUGUUGGAGGAUGAUUCAGCCUUCUUUUAUGAGCAGUACUCAGCUUGUCCUCAACAGGUGCUUGCAGCAUGCAUUAAUUCUGUGCAGUCUCUGGUCAGACAAGCCAGGGUGAGAGGAGCCAGCUCCUUGUAUCGUCCUUGUGACACACAUGCUGCAGAGUUCGGUGUCACAAGGAGACCUAAGAAGAAUCCAGUGAGCCGAGUUAUGGUCAUAUUAUAUAUCUACAUCUUCCAGUUCUGUUUGAUGCCGCAAUGUGUGACCCUCUGGAGAUCGGGGAUGGAAAGUCCAGCCUGCUCCCUCAAGCUUCCUGAUGUCAUUGAUGAAUUUGAAUAUUUUCAGGAUGGAGAUUUGAUCAUUGGAGGAGUGCUCACUCUGAGGUCAAAAAUCGAAUAUCUAGCACUGCCUGAAGAAAAGACAUACAGCUCAUCUAUUCGGUAUUACGUGAACCUCCUAGCUUUCCUCUACGCAAUUGAUAAUAUCAACCAGGAUCCAGACAUCUUACCCAAUAUCACUCUCGGCUUCCAUCUAUAUGACUCAUGGCUGGAACCCAAGAAGGGUGUACAGAGUGUUCUGCAGAUCUUAUCUGGACCAAAUGGGACAGUUCCUAAUUAUUCAUGUAAAGGACAUGGCAAGCUGGCCGGUGUUAUUGGAGAUCAAUAUUCAUCCACUACAAUCCCAAUCGCCGAAAUCCUCGGACUGUACAGAUACACACAGAUAUUCCAGGGACUGGUAAUGGGCCAGGUCUUUUGGGAAGUCCAUCGCCAACACAGACUGGAGCACUGAUUGGACCGAGGACCAAAAUGGCAGAAUUAACUGGCAUUUCCAGAAGAUAUGGUAGUGCGUUCCUAUAUCUCGUAAGCAUCUCCAGCAUUUCUGGGAUAUAGAGGGAUCAUAUUUAUGGAUAACCUCUGGGGUCCUAUACCAGAACAUGAGGACCUUAUAAGCUGUCUCUCUCUGCUCCACGUAUCUGGAAGUAGUUGCUAGUUUUUAGGUCUAUCGGGUCACCUACGACCAUUGAGUCGGAUCAUUAGGGACCGCGUACCAUAGGUCUUUUUUUAUGGUUGUAGGCUCAGCAUAAUACUGGUACUCUGAUCCACACAAACGUACUACAUUUAGUUCUCUAUGUUUUUGAAGUUAUUCUUUUAUUAUGGUAACUUUCUACUCAAAAUUCUGUUAUAUAGUUGAUAUAUGUUCUUGCCGCUUUAUUCUCGAAAAGUCUAAAAUUGUUGUAUUCGCCGCUUCAAGAAAACUGAUUACUCACCUUAAUUUCGAUAUGUUGAGCCUGGUUUGGUUUUGUUUUCAUAUGUCUGUUAUAUAUUAUUCUCAAUAAAAUCUUAUUAAACAAAUAAAAUAGAAGGCUUACACUGACAUGCCAUGUUUCUUGUAGUGACCAUAUUUUGGGGGUGGAGAGGGAAGGUUAAUAACA